AUGAUAGCCCCCACUCCCGUCCAAGUCCAAGCCUCCAACUCCUCCAAUGAACUCUACCUCCGCAAAGCCCGCGCCGUAGCCACCACAGAAGACUGCCGAGCGCUAUACGAAAAAUGGGCCGCAACCUACGAACAAGAAGUCGGCGACAGCGCCCAGGAAUACGUCGCCCCAGUCCUAGUUGCCCAAGCAGCCAUUGAACAUCUCUCGAACCCAAGCAAGAGCGUCAUCCUCGACGCCGGCUGCGGCACAGGUCUAGUCGGUGUGGCGCUAGGCAUGGCCCGCCCGAAAGCCAUCGAUGGCGUGGACCUGUCACCUGCGAUGCUGGCCAUUGCACGGAAAACAGGACUGUACCGGGACCUAACGGUUGCGGACAUGAAUGCGCCGAUAGAGAAGGCGGACAAGACGUAUGAUCUUGUUUCGUGUGUUGGAACCUUCACGCUUGGACAUGUGGGACCGGAUCCGGCUUUGCGGGAGUUGGUGCGGGUGACGAAGAAUGGGGGGUUCGUGGUUUCGACUAUUUUGAGCCAGAUUUGGGUGCCGGGUGGGUUUAAGGCUGAGGUUGAGAAGUUGGUUGAACAGGGGUUGGUUAGGGUUGUUACGGAUGAACUUAUAGAUUAUGUUAAGGGUCAUGGUGAUAAGGCUGUUUUGCUUAUUUUAGAGAAGAUCGAUCGCGACUGA